AUGAUUUUUCCCACAAUGCGUUUCUCUUGCACUCGUCAUUGUCGUCGUCUUCUUCUCCCCUUCUUCUUCUUCUUCUUCUUCUUCAUCUUCCACUUCUUCUUCUUCUUCUUCUUCUUCUUCUUCUUCUUCUUCUUCUUCACACCCUCCCCCCUCUACUUCUUAUUCCCCUCAUACUCCACAUAUUCUUCUAUUUUACUCACUCCACCUCCUCCUCAUUCUUUUUCACAUUCUCCUCCUCCUCCACCUUGUUCUUCUUCUUUCUUCACACCCUCCCCCACUUCUGUCUUCUUCUUCGUCUUCUUCUUCGUCUUCUUCCCCUCUUCCUCCACUGUUUUCAUCUUUCUUCUUAAUUCUUCACCCUUCUCCUCCGUCUUCUUAAUUCUUCUUCUUCUUCUCCACACCCUCCUGUCCGUCUUCAUCUUUUUCCCUAUCCUCCUCCUCCUCUUCUUUCUCCUACCCCUUCUUCUUCUUCUUCUUCUUCUUCUUCUUCUUCUUCUUCUUCUUUCUCCUACCCCUCCUCCUUCUUCUUCUUCUUCUUCUGCUUCUUUUUUUCUUCUUCUUCACCUCCUCCUCAUUCUUCUUCUCACCCUCAUCUUCCAACGUUUUCUUCUUCUUCUUUUCUUCUUUUUCUUCACCUCCUUAUCCUUCUUCUUCACAUCCCCUCCUCCGUCUUCUUCUUCCCUCCCUGUUCCACCGUUUUCUUCUUCUUAA